CGGCGGCGACGGUUUUGUUGUCUACGCUACGGCCGUUGUCAAGGCAUAAAGUAUAGGGCCAUAAUGUCAAGCAAAGAACGUACGACAGCACUAAACUUACGGACGCUGUGUGAAUCUACCGCCUGCGUAUGCGUUUUGCGAACGCAAUGGCAGCUGUGAGUGGGAUGGGCAACUUGAUUAUCGAGUUUGUGAAGUUUGGGAAGAGUUUUGCAAUAUGGCGACGCUCUGUCCUGUAAUAACAAUGAUACACCCGACGCAUGACUGUUCUCGUGGAAAUUGCAGUUCUCAGAGAAAUGGAAACCGUAACUCGCUGAACGGCGGGCAGGUAAGCGAAACGUCAUUGUGACUACUGGAGGCCAAUCGUCAAGCACUCGUCUAGGAUCUCUGUGAUGUCCCGUGCGCGAGUUGCCGUACAUCGGCCUGUACUACGUGUGUGUGAUUGUGCUGAGAAGUGCGCGCAUGUCGGAGGACGCACCACACUUGCAAAGCACUGUGGAAACCCAGAGUGAAGCGCGCCGCGACGGCAACGGAACAUCAACAAUGAUAUACAGUGGCCUCUGCCUUUUCCUUUGCACGUUGUUGUGCGCAUUGGGAACUGGCAUCGCAGAAAAUGAUCACCAGCAGCUGCUGUCCCCACGCUUCCUGACCCAGCCCUCGGGUGGGUACGUAGGGCUGGGUGAAAAGCGAGCGCUGCGGUGUGAGGCAGUCGGGGCACCCCCCCCUCGUUUGCAGCUGCUGAAGGAUGACCGUCCCCUGACCAACUGGACUUCCCUGCGCCUGGUGCAUGUGCUGAGCAGCAUUGGUCUGUCUCAAGCUGGUGCCUACCAGUGCCUGGCCAAGAAUGCUGCUGGUGCUGUGCUCAGUGCCAAGGCCAAGCUGCAGGUUGCACACUUGACACCAACUGAGGAAAUUUCCGAGACUGUGCAAGUGGCUGUGCGCAAAGGUGGUCAUGUGAUCCUAGAGCCACCAGUGGUUGACAGCGUUCCACCAGCCACUGCAACAUGGGCCUUUGGUAGUGUAUCUUUGGACAGCAGACAGUUUGCAACUACACAGGACAACCGCCUGGUGAUCCUGGAAGCAACUCCAGAGCUUGGAGGUCGGUAUCAAGUGGAGCUGACAAAUCCUCACACUGGCGACACUGUUUUUGGGCCACCGGUGGAGCUCAGUGUUGAUGAUAGUGAUGGAGAAUACAAGGCAGAACUUUCUAUUGUUGUACCACCAAUAGACCGAGAGUUCAACAACCUGGAAAAUGGUUAUGACAGCUACCUUGAAUGCAUUGCUGCCGGCAGCCCCCUGGAACAGGUACAAAUAGUGUGGCUCAAGGAUGACCGUCCUUUGGGUGAGCUGCCUCAUGUGCUGACCCAUUGGAACCGAACCCUGACUCUUUUGCACUUGGGACCCCAACAUGCGGGACGCUACACCUGCCAGGCUAGCCUGUUUCAGCACUCCGAUGGCUCUGUCACAGAGCCGACGAUCCCAAUUAUUGCCCAUGCCAAUGUCACCGUGUCAGUGCCGCCCUCAUUGAGCCGCAAGGUAGACGAGGAGACUGCGGUGGAGCUGGGCCAGCAGGUGCAGCUGCCGUGUGCGGCCGAGGGCCACCCACUGCCUGAGGUGCACUGGCUGCUGGACGCCCAGCCGCUGGACCUGACCAGUGGCCGCUUCCAUGUGCACGAAGGAGGCACCCUGGAGAUCAGGGCACUGGCCAUGGAGGACGCGGGUGUCUACCAGUGUGUGGCCGAGAACCUGCUGGGCGAGGCGCGGGCUGCCACCUGGCUGCACGUCAAGAUUUCUCCACCGGCCUUCCUGCGAGCUCCCGAGAAUGUGACCGUCCUGGAUGGAAUGGAUGCGCAACUGUCAUGCUCAGUUGUGGGGGCACCACUUCCUAACACAAGCUGGGCAUACAGUGAUGUGGUGCCAGUGCACAGCGAGGGCCGGAUGCAGAUCCUCGAGAGUGGCACGCUGGUUAUCGCCUCGGUAGUGCUGGCCGACAGCGGGAAGUACACUUGCAUGCGGGCCAACUCUGCUGGUUCAGCUAGUGCAGAGGCCUACCUUACAGUGCUCGUUCGCACCCAGAUCGUGAAGCCCCCAGUUGACACACGGGUCAUCCUAGGGUCGACGGCUGAACUGCAGUGUCGUAUAUCACACGACCUCAGCGUUCCUUACCAGGUGACAUGGUUUUUUGAGGAGAAACCAUUGGCAUCCUCAAGUAGAACUCAUCUGGCACCAGAUGGCACCUUGAAGAUUGACCAAGCGCGUAACACUGACAUUGGCACCUACACCUGCGUUGUCACAUCACCUGGUGGAAAUGACACCCGCUCAGCAAAGCUCGAGGUCAUCGAGCUGCCUCACCCACCAGGCCAUGUGAAGGCGUUAGUGACGGACACUAUGCCCAAGACAGUGAACGUGACCUGGUCACCUGCCUUCGAUGGCCACAGCCCCAUCACCCACUACGUGCUGCAAAUGCGUGCCCUACCCACUGAAGACAUGUUUUGGCUGACUGUUGAUUCCCUGGCUCCUUGGACAACAGCCCUUUCCAACAUCUCUGCAGAGGCGACCUCUAUCCUAGUCUCACAACUGAAGCCCUCUGUGAGCUACCAGUUCCGAGUCAGUGCUGUGAACGGUGUAGGCGAGGGCAGUCCUGGUGGCCCCACAGAGCCUGUGUCAGUACCCCCAGAGCCCCCUGGGGGUCCACCACAGAACGUGGUGGGUGCUCCUCGGUCUGCCACAUCUGUGAUGCUUCAAUGGCAGCCCCCGCUUGAGGGCGAGCGCAACGGCCGUCUACUUGGAUAUGUUGUCCGCUUCCGACUGGCUGGCUACUCCUCCAGUGCCUGGUCUAUGCAGAAUGUGACCACAACGCGUACCCUCCUUGAAGAUCUUAUUGUGUGGCAGAAUUACGCCAUUGAAGUGGCUGCGUAUAAUGAGAAGGGGCUGGGUGUCUUCUCUCCCAGCAUUCUGGUGCGCACGCUCGAAGGAGUGCCCCAGGCAGCGCCCACUGCUGUCCGAGCAGAUGCGCUCAACUCCACGGCCGUGCGAGUUCGGUGGCUUCCCCCAGACCCCCAGCGAGUGAAUGGCAUCAACCAGGGCUACCGCGUUGAGGCGUGGUUGAGGGGACGUGAGGUGGGCUUGUCACCGCCGGACGCGACUGCUUUGGUGGCACCAAAUGUGGGCUCACCAACCACAGAGCACAUGGCAGUUAUCACGGGUCUGCGCAAGUACCACAUGUACAAUGUAACCGUGCUAUGCUUCACCAGUCCUGGCAAUGGACCACGCAGCAAGCCAGUGCUGGUCACAACCAAGCAGGACGUGCCUGGGCCUGUGAAGUCGCUCAAGUUUGACGACAUUCUGGACGUCUCAGUACGUGUGCUGUGGACGCCCCCCGAGGAGUCCAAUGGGAAUUUGCUAGGCUAUACCCUCAGGUACUGGAUCAAAGAUGACCUUGGGUCCGCAGUAUUGCGCAACCUGACGGCUGACGAGACCGAGACCACCGUGCGGGGCCUGCGCCCUGUCACGUGGUACACCAUCGAGGUGUUUGCGUGGACAGUUAUCGGGGCUGGCCCAAGCAUCGAGGCAUCUAUCAAAUCUGGCAUCCCACCAGUGUUGCCAACAGCACCAAGACGCCUGGCUGUGUCCAACAUUGGGCCAUUCUCAGUGAUGCUUCAGUUCACACCUGGCUUUGACGGCAACACCUCCAUCACACGCUGGAUUGUGGAAGCGCAAACACGACGCUCUGAGCAGUGGAUACCAGUCCAUGAGACAAGUGCCCCUGGGGCGCGGACGUUGCAUGUGUCCCCGCUGGUGCCAUUCACGGAGUACCGCCUACGCCUUAUGGCCACCAAUGUGGUAGGGCCCAGCCCACCAAGCGAGCCUUCCCAGUGGUUCCAGACAAUCCAGGCACCGCCGGCACAUCCCCCACGCAACGUCACUGUGCGGGCCGUGAAUGCUCAUGCCUUGCGCGUCCGCUGGACGCCACUACCUCAGGUUGACUGGUAUGGCGUUCCCCGGGGCUACAACGUUUCCUUUAGAGCAAAGGAUGAACCUGACUUCAAGUGGACUGUUGUCGAGGAUCACAAUGCCAACAGCGUGGUGCUGGACAACCUGCAGGCAUUCACACCCUAUGAGGUGUUCAUGGUGGCUUUCAAUGAUGUGGGUGCCAGCAGUGCCAGUGCCAUCUCAUCUGAGCGCACCCGUGAAGCGGCCCCCUCUGCUGGCCCUUCCCAGGUGACAGCCAAGGCCACCUCGUCAACCACUGUGGUGGUGUCCUGGGGUCCUGUGCCUCGGACACACCGCAGCGGUGUCCUGGAAGGUUAUCGGGUCGUGUACCAGGCAGCCAGGGAGUCGGCGCCCAUGCGCAAACACAUUGAAAGCAAUGCCACUUUCACCACCACCCUGACGGAGUUGCGAAAGUACACUGCAUACUCGGUGCAAGUGCUGGCAUAUACUCGUGUAGGCGACGGAGCCCUCAGUCUGCCACCCGUAUCAGUUACCACAUUCGAGGACGUUCCUGGGCCACCAUCAAAUGUGUCAUUCCCAGAUGUCACCACAACAACAGCGCGCAUAAUUUGGGAUGUCCCACAAGAACCAAAUGGUGAAAUUUUGGGCUACAAGAUCUCCUUUUGGCGUCGCCCCAACUCCGGCAACGGUGCUGCAGAAAAUGAGGACACUGCUGAGAGUGCUGAUAAAGGUCGAGUGUCACGUGAAGUGUCGGCCAUGGAUCGCACAUUGAAGGCCUUUGACCUCCAGCCACAGUCUUACUACGAAUUCGCCGUCAGUGCACGCACACAAGAAGGAUGGGGCGUGGAGGCUCGGGCGCUUGUGCUGACCACCGCAAGUCGGGAGAAGCCGCAGGCUCCGUCACGCCCACUUGUGAGUCCCUCGCAGGUGCAGGCAAGGCAUGUCACUCUGAGCUGGACACCUGGACGGGAUGGAUUUGCACCGCUCAGGUGUUACUUGCUACAGCAGAUUGAAAACACGGGCCCCUGGAAGGAGCUUCCCCAGAAACUAGACCCCAGCACCACUACGUACACGGUGGCAGGACUUAAACCAGCCACACGGUACUUGUUUCGGCUGCGGGCUGUCAAUGACCUUGGCUUCAGCCCUUGGAGUGAGCCGUCUAAUGAAACCUGGACACUGCCUGCAGCACCGCAAGUUGCGCCAACAAAUGUAAUUGUGACGCCGUACACCACUACGUCCAUCACUGUUGUGUGGAAGGGUCUUACGGAUGAAGCGUGGAAUGGUGACAAGCGGCACCCUGGCUACCGUGUGGAGGCCUGCCCUGUUGGUGCACCGCUGCAAGACUGUCGUGUGCGGUCAUUGGAUGGCCUCGAGGGUGGUCCUCUUACUCUGGAGGGACUGCAAAGAGACCGCAUCUAUGAGGUGCGAGUCAUUGCUUACAAUGGCCAGGGUGAUGGACCCCCAACUCGGCCAGUCUCCGUCUAUGUUGGCGAAGCCGUUCCCACUGGAAGCCCACGGCAGCUACAGCUAAACUCGCCGAGUUCAACUGAAAUAACAGUGUCCUGGGCCCCACCUGCCGAAUCGGAGCGCAAUGGUGAACUUCUUGGAUACAAGAUCUUCUACAAAGCAGAAGGCGAUGCAGAAGAAGCAAUGGAAGCCGUUCCGGCAACCCCAACUGCCUAUACUAUCACUGACUUGCGGCGCUUCACCAAGUAUUCGGUGCAACUACUGGCAUUCAAUCCGGCUGGUGACGGUCCCCGUUCCCAGCUACUUCAAGUCCAUACCCAGGCCGACCGACCCGGCCCUCCUGGGGCAUUGGUGUUCACCGACAUAACAAUGAAUUCUCUCAAUGUCAGCUGGACCCCACCAGAGGAACCCAAUGGUAUUAUCACUGGUUACCUUGUCAACUAUGAGACAGCUGACUUGGACAUAGAGUCUGGCAGGCAAGUCCGCCAGAAAGUGGUUCACACCUUUCUGGCAGUGCGUGGCCUUGAUGAGAUGACCACUUACCGGUUCACGGUACGGGCAGAGACCUCCCAAGGCUACGGCGUGGAGAGCCAGUGCAACGUCACCACAGGCCCCCAGGAAGGGUCACCCUUAGCCCCUCUGGAAUUGGCCCUACAACGCUCGGCCACUGCAGCCACCCUCUCCUGGAAAGAGGGGCCCCCGGGAGCCAGCAUCAUCACUGGGUACCUGGUCGAGGCACGUCCCUCACAUGCAGGUGAGGAUGAAGAGUGGCAGACAGUUGCAGAGCUCGACGGCAGUCCACGCACAUCGUACGAAGUGAGCUUCCAGAACCUUUUGCCAUCGACGGACUACACAUUGCGACUGUUUGCUCGCAACCGCCUCGGCAUCAGUCCACCAGCUUAUGCCCCUGAUCACGUGCUUACACCAAACAAGCUCUUCCUGGAGUACAAGCAACGACUGCCGUUCUACAGAGAGCCCUGGUUUUUGGUGGUACUUGCUGCUGCAAGCAUGGUAGCCGUCAUCCUGGUUGUCGCUGUACUGUGCGUCAAGAGCAAAACUCACCAGUAUAAGCAGGAGAUGCAGCAGAGCCUUCGGAGUGACGACCAAUUAAGCUUGAAUGACCAACAGGCAGCUGGGUUUGGCAGCCCUGAGCCGCCGACAAAGCGUACAAUGACUCGCGGGUCACUGCGUAAACCAUUGCCUGCUUUGCGGUCUCCACCACGGCCCUCCCCAGCAAGUGUGACGUACUCGGAUGAAGAGGACACCAAGGCAUAUGACGAUCAUUGUGACAGCAGCAGCCUGACUGAGAAGCCCUCGGAAAUGAGUUCGUCCGAGUCGCAGGGCUCAGACAGCGAGGACGACACCAAGGGUGACCCACACUCUUUUGUCAACCACUAUGCAAAUGUCAAUGACACAUUGCGACAGUCUUGGAAGCGCCAGCGUAUUGCUAAGCCACCAAGUUACACCGACUCAGAGCAAGAAAGCAGCGCUGCCAUGUGCCUUAAUGGUGGACGUGUGGUUCUCAACAACAUGGCUGGUUCACGGGCACCACUUCCUGGUUUUUCGUCUUUCGUAUGAGGCAGUUUUCCACUCACUUCAGAGGCUUGUUUUCUUCAGUGUGGAGAAUGCCCUUUGCGAGUGGAAGAACUAUUCGCUGAAAAAGCUGCAUCAAUGUCCAUGCAUUGUGCCCUUUGAGGUGGGUCUUGCCACGGGCAAUUUGGAAGCUUUCCUUGCCUCUACUUUCUGAAAAAAAUAGUUAACAUAGGAGCAGAUUCAGCAAGUACGAAAGGAAAGACGCCUGCCUGUUUACAUGUGUUCAUGGUACAGUCUACAUUAGGGACUGUUCUUGUUGUUUGCUGUGCAUUCACACCCGCAAGCUACAUCAUUGUCGUUGAAGCUACAGUUGCAUGAACAAAGACACUCCGUCCUGAUCAACAUGUGAGCUACAUUGCUGGUGUGCUGCCUUUUAUGAGCUAAUAGUGUGCCUUGCCUUCAUCUGUAGGAUAAAAUAGUACUCGUUAUUUUUUUAGCAAGGCAGACAUUACUUUUGGAGUGGCGCCAGCUUGUGCUCUGUUGGUGAUAAUAGUGCUCUUGCUAGCUUCUUAAUGAAGAAGCUUUAUGGUAGUGGAAAAUGAAAUAAUGAAAUGCAGGGUGAUUUUGCUUUUGGAACAUUCACUGCCAAGGGGGUUUCAUAGCCACUUAGAAUUCUCAUAGGAAACAUUGUGCAGUUGGUUAUUGAGAUGUCAUGUAUGUUGAUUGUUGCUCAGUGUGACAGCAGCGAAAAUCAGUUUGCUGUUAUGCCUUCAUGUUGUCUUCUUUUGAGGAAGACUCGUCGUGUUCAUCUUCCACGUAACAAGCAGUGGCUAAUCACUUCGUCUGUGGAGCUACUUUGGUAAUGUCAUAUUGUGACAGAAUUAUUUUUCUUACUUUUAGUAAUUUUAUCUGUAAUCAUACUCUCAUGCCUUUACGAAGUGUUGUUGACACUAAGUGCCUCAACAGUUUCAUUACAUUUGUGUGGUGUAAUGUGUUUCCCACAAUGUCGCUAAAGCCCAAGCGAGGCAAAACUUUUCCCAACUUGAAUUCUCUGCAGGGCAAACACAGGAGAAAGUUGGGCCAGAAUUUUACAUGUGGAAAUUCAACAAGUUGUGCAUUAGAAAAGGCUUGAAAAAGCACAAUUUUUUUUACACCAAAGCUAAAAUAAAAGCCCCACCAUUUGCUGGAAGUGACAGAGAACCCAGAAUCCGUCCAUCUGCUCAUUUUCAUGCAGACUGUGUAUGGCAGUAGCAUAUACUGUGUCUUGCUCAUUUCAACAACAAUAAAUGCGAAGCAUUGAUUCAUAAAGGCCGAACAUGUGCACACACACGCAUGCACAUGCACACAAUCAGAACGCACAACGUUAGAGCCUGCGUGAAUGCUUUUUCUCUUAGUUAAGUGACGCAGUCAGUUCUUUCACAUAUCACGACACUUGAGUGACAGCAGACCCUGAGACACUCCCUUCACCAAAUUCAUACAUCAGUCUGAUCAUAUUCAUAAAGGUGACAUGGCCAGCGCACUCUUUGUAAAUGAAACGGUAGGCAACUGUUCUUUUACACAUAAUCACCCAUCAUAAAAAUUGCUUAAUGUAGGGAAUUGAGAGAGUGGCAUGUUGUUUAGCUGAAACACAACAUGUUCAUGGAUAUUGAGCCAGAACUGCUUGAUUUGGUCAACUCUUGAAGGGUAUGCCACACAUAGGUUCAGCAUAAACACCAAACCAACUAGCCCAGCUUGUUGCCAUUAAUGCAGUCAGUACGUGCGUGCUGCCCUACCAGCGAGCUUUGCCAGGAAAGCUGCCAUCUGCAGACAUAGGACAGCACACACUUGUUCACCGUUUUACUUCUGAGCUUUUGCCCAGUGUUUCAUUGGCAACCACAACUUUCCAGAAAGCCAUUGCACUUGCUUGAGCAUUUUUGCCACAUUUACGAAUGCUAUUAGUAAUGGACAAGGAAGUGUAUUUGUUACUGGUGCCCGUCUCAAAACGGCGGCAACAUUUCUAUGCCCAAUCAAGUAGCUACGGCUAGGUACACUAGUGCAAGCUUGCCGUGGGCUAGAAAUGCCACCGAGGCAGAAGGAAACAUUGUUUUAACUGCUUAAAAAACGUUUUGAAAUCAGCACCCUCACAGCCUGUGUUGGAACUGCUCUGCCGGGGCUAGUUAAUUCAUCAUAACAAAGUUGUAGCACGCGAAAACAGGACAAAAGUUUGCACACACAUACAACAAUUUGUUUGUCUCCCUUUGUACUGGAUUAGUCAGUUGCGGGAACAUGCAUUGGCUGGUGAGCCACUACUGCUCUGGUAUAGCAGAUUUGGAGCAUUUCCUUUUUACAACACAUUCCACCAGAGCCCUUCUGGUCAUAAAAGUUUGCCAACUGUUAAUAGCUCAUUCCAAGAAUUGCACUUUUGUGUUUCUUGCAUAAUCAAAGGGUUCAGCAAGUUCAAGGCAUAUCAAAGAGCCAGUUAUUGCAAGAAACCGAACAAGGUGAAAAUUGCUGGAAUUUGAAAAUGUCUUUAUAGGUGCUCAGGCAUGUUAUAAAGGAGUGUGGCUAAUUUCUAAAAUUACACUGUAGCAGUUGUUAAAUGUUGAGCAAAAUGUUGUUAGGAGCUCCCCAGAAAACAAAAGGUUUGCAAAUGAUUGCUGUAAGAAAAUGAUGAGAGCUGGUAGCAUGAAACGUGAUGGGGAGAUAUGGUAUGUACUUUGGAUCUUUGGAGGAAAUUGGGCAAAUGCUUUGGUUCACUCGGGUGGCACCCAGAACUUGUUGCAAGAGAGGAGGACGGGUCAGUGCCUGCCAGCACACUAGGGGAUUUUUUGGGAGAACCUGAAUCAUGGCAUGAACCUCUAGGUGUGUCAGGAGUGGCGUGAUGCGUGACAUUGUGCGAGUUGAUGAAACAGCAUAAGCUUGGGGGCCUCUUACUAUGCCAGAUACCAAGGCCAGCUGAUGCUGCUAUUUGCUCGCUUCUUGUGUGUGUGUGUGGAGGGGGGGAGGGGGGAUGCAAUACGUAUUUCUUUCUCUUGCCAUUUGUGGAGUGGGAAAGUAGCUGCCAGCAAACAUACGAUAGCAUGUGCAUUAGUGGAAGCAAGUUAUGCUCGAAAUCAGGAGCUAUCUUACAGAAUUUUACGCAGUUUCUCAGGUUGGUGACAAUUGGUUUGCAUUACAAAAAAAUUUGAAAUAUUGAUGUUCUUAAUAUCGAGCUUUGACUGUAAAUUGAUUUCAUCUGUUCCGCAUUUAUUGUGUAGUAGGCAAUUUAACUUAGCAAGUGUGUGCCAUAUUGUGCAAUUAACCUAAUGGACUACUUUGCUUAUGCAGCAUCUUUAUAUUUAAUUUUUCAGCUUUGCAACGAGCAUGUUUUUGAUAUACUCAAAAGUAAGGGAAGUGGGACUUUUUUGCUUACUGUAAGUGCAUAUAAUUUUGAAAUUUGCCUAAAUUAUAGCCCAGUUUUGCUAUUUUAGCUCAUACUUCAACUGCAGUUUGUCCAUGCCUGUUUGGUACCACUAUUCUACCCUUUAAAUAUAAUAAAAGUAAAGUCAUAUUGAUAGAUAAAAAAAAAAAACUUGUCACUACUUAAUGACCCAUCCGUCCAGUACAUGUGUUUGACAUUUUAAUCUAGCAAAUAUAAAUUCAGAAAGCUUUGAGCCAUGCUCUGUCUCGAGCCUUCUUACACUAUUUUUAGAGUGAAGUUUAUUUUUUACCUUUUACUCGAACAUCAUUCCAGGUUUUAAGCAUCCAGCAGGUGUUGCUAAAGAAUUUGCUAUUGACAUCAUGAAAGCAGAGUUUGCCAUUGUGAGUAGGGAAAAUGAUUCCCUUGCAGAAAGUUUUGGCAGGAAUUACGUGACUUAUCUAGUAGCUGUAUUGGCUUUCCUACCAUUAAACAAACAUUCCAUAAUGUGCAUUACUGUACAAGAACUGUUUCAGAAUUUUUAAAUUUGUCUUGUAUUUCAUAUCUGUAAUUAAAUUGCCAAUCUUCUCGGAGUGCUUGUAUAUUAAGUUUUCUAAUAGAACUUAAAUGUUCACAAAAAGCUUGCUUCACAUAUUGAGCAGCAUAACUGGGUAUGUUUAUAUAUAAAAAUAGGCAAAAGACCAAUAAAGAAGAAGCCAGCAAUUAGUGUUAGUGUUCUUUAGCUUGCAACUGGAAGUGAAUCAACGGAUGCUCAUUUAUGGAGCUUGUUUAUGAGCAGUAAUGUUGUAGUUUCUGUGUACAUAAAAAUGAAAGCAAUGCAGUACACACACAGCCUCAUGCGCCAAUAAGGUUGGUUAUACUUUCAAAUGAAGGUUUUUGUUUCCUCUAAAUGCCAAUACUGCAAACUAAUUGGAGAACAAAUCUGUAGAGCAGUCGUGACAUAAAGGCAUGUUUUAUUAGUUCAGAGCAACUCCUCAGGCAAGAAAUUAAAUUUAAGAAACUGUUAUCUCUAUGUGGAAGCAGUAUCUCCUGCAGCAGAAAAUGUAUGCCUCAUGCAAGUUGUGGUGAUUCAGCCACAUUGAAUAUUGAAUGCUCAAACUGGAUAUGAAUCGAACAGAUUCUUUUCACAUUCGGAUAGCAAGAACUUUUUGAUUCAUAUUCAAAACAAUAAAUAUUCCCAGACCCAAUUUUGUAAUGUGCACUUCGUGUACAUUAAAGGGCAACUCCGGUGAUUUUUCGAUGUCCUCUGAUCUUAAUAAAAUUUUGAAAAUUUUGAAUUUGCACUCUGAUUAUCUCUGCCAAACAAUACUGCUCCAAGUCACUUAGUUUUUCUGAAAAUGAAUUUUAAGGAUUGGUUGUGUUCCCGACUCGUGACUUUUUACUGGCCGCCCUGUGUUUGUGACGUUGGAGACUACACCGCCACUGUCACUGAAAUCAUCGCUGAAAUCGCCACUGUCUUGUUCGGAAAAUCUGUAGAAGCUACCUGUGGCGUCAGGAGACAUCAUCAGCUUUGCUUCUUUGGCAUUAGCGCCACAUGUACUGCGUGUUUAGCAUGCAUUCUGUGUGUUUGCAUUAUGGUAGUGUAGGGUCUGACAUUAUCAACUCAUCGUGACGUCACAUGAAACAGCUACCCGUUUCAGUUUCGGUAUCGUGUUUAUUAAUUAUCUAAAAUUAUUGAUGAAUUUCUAAGCAAAUUGAACCACCUUACCGGUGACACGACUGCCAGUGCCAUUUGAAAAUGACAGUAUGCUAACAUGGUUAAAAAACGCCAGAGUUGCCCUUUAAGUUGCUCUCUCUCCUCUCUCUCUUUUAAUACUUCAUUUCUUCCUCGGGCAUGAUCAUGAUAGUGAAGUUACUUGACUGUAUUGUCCUGAGGUACGAAGAGGUUCUUUUACUAUCGUUGGGUGCUAUCACUUGCCGUUUUGUUUAAGCAGCUGCCAUAGACAUUUUGCCAUUACUUCCAGUGUCAUGGUGAUUGCAAAUCUGUUAUUUUUAGCAUCAUAGCAUUUCUUGCAAUGUCUGUAGGUGGAUAUUUUUCUAUUCGCAAUACUUUCAGCAGUAUAUUUAUUCUUGUCUAUGCAACUCUUGUAUUUGUUGUGUGACACUUCGAAGAAGUCAAAAUUAUUCUGUACAUAGAUUAAGUUUUGCUGGUAGCAAACAGCCUUGUGCAACCACAUGUAUUAUGCACUUGUACCCAGCUCAUUUGCUGCCCUUAUUUGUAGCUGUUUGUAUAUGUAUUUGUGUGUUGCAGCUUCAUAAUGAAAGGAUUGUGAACUAGUG